AUGCCACGUCCCGCCAAGAAAGGAAUAUGUAACACAUGUCGGCGGCGCAAGUUGAAAUGCGACCAGGCACUCCCCAUCUGCGGACAAUGCACAACUACCGGUCUCUAUUGCGAUCGAUCAGAGAGACCAAUCCGGCUCGUUGAAUCACAAGUAUUACAUGACCCAGAUCUCCCCCGAAUAGCCCUCCAAGAUCAAAACAUAGCUCGUCUCUUCCAUUCAUACACAUCAGAAAUCUCAAAAUGGUACGAUCUUAGCGACUCAGCAUCAUCAUUCGGCAGAAUCGUCCCCUCCGUUGCCCUUGAUGAGCCUCUUCUUUUCAACGCGGUCGUCGCAUUAUCAGCCAUGCACACAUGCAAGACAACAUCACCCAGCUUUCGUAAUAUCGCUGAGUCCUAUCAUCAUAGCUGCGUACAGCUUCUCAUUACUCUAAGAGAAGGCGAUCGGCUCAUUACUCGCGGCAUAGCCCUCGCUGCGACAUGUCUCUUGCGCUCUUACGAGAUCCUCGACGGCGAUGUUGAUCCUAACAUGCAUCUUCGGGGCGCUUACUCUAUGGCGUCAGUUCAUGAUGUUCUCUCUGGAAAUCUACGAGCGGGACUAUUUGGAGCUGGAUUCUGGAACUAUUUGAGAGAGGAUAUCACAUUUAGUCUGUUUGAAAAGUGUCCGUUAAAAAUGAACCUGGACAGUACGCCUCUUAUCACCCAGCAUGAGUCUGACGAGGGUUAUCUCAACUCUAUUACUUUGAUUUUGGGAAAGAGUAUCAAUAUUAUGUACAGCCAGAACGCGGAUGUGUCUCGAUGGGAGCACAUUACAGGAACUCUUAGGGCAUGGCGCAACGCCUGUCCAGGGCACAUGAAGCCUUUUUCGAGGGAAUCAACCUCCUCUCAUCUGUUUCCACUUAUUUGGUUUCUUCAGCCAUGUCAUGCUGCGAUAUCACACUACUACCUCGUUACACUGACGGUAAUCUGUCUACAGGAUCCAAGGCUUCUAGGGGACUCAGAUCUGCUCGACUGUAGAGACCCAAGAGAGGAACUUCUUUCAAGUUUCGCGAAGGAUAUAUGUGGCGCAGCUUUUACUGCAAAGGUCCCGUCGGUUCUAGUCAAUGCAUUUGGGCCGAUAGCUUUUUGCGCGAGAUUUCUUCGUUCAGAAUCCCUUCAGCAAGAGGCCAUUCGUCAGCUACAUGCUUGCAAAGCCAGUAUUGGCUGGCCAGUUCAACGACUCAUUAAUGAUCUGAAAGCGCACUGGGAAAUGGACCAGGCGUAG